AUGAUUCUACUUGACGAUGGCCUGAUUCUGUUCUUCACGCUUACACCAAUCCUCGCCUAUGCGUUAUUAAGAUCUCCUGUCCUCCCGGGGCAACGGAAAAAGCUGCUCCUUCCGGCAAGCAUGGCAACCUGUGCAAUUGUUUCCCUGAUGGUCAAGUGGUCCUCGGGUUCCUCUUGGACGACCAUGCUGGAUCUCUUUCUCGAAGUCUUGUUGCGAUUUCUUGUGCUGACACUGGUGGCUGCCUUUGUGUCACUUUCCUAUUUCAUGAUCAAGGUUCGAAGAAAGGCAGCCUCUGCUAGCAAUACAAUGCCAGAGGAUCAACCCACCCGUGUCAAAUGCAUUGCCUUUCAUCCAAUCGAAGAUUCGUGGAUGAUGCUGGCCUUGUAUUCGGGACAUGCGGUAAUUUGCAAAGACUCUAAUAAAAGCGUUCGGUACGCAGUGAGUCCUGGUUCUGCGGUGCGAGCAUGUCUCUUUGCCAGUCAAGAUGACACCUGGAUUGCGGCAUCUGACGACUACAUGAUUCGAGUCUUUCAUCAUGAUACUGGAAGACUCUUGCACGAAUUUCAAGGGCAUGACGAUUAUAUUCGAUCGUUAGAUGUGAUUGUGUUGUCAUCUGGUAGCUCGCUAUUGUUAUCAUCCAGCGACGACAUGACUGUUAAGGUGUGGGAUAUGAACAACAGUUAUGAUUGCAUACAAACAUUUCAGGGUCACAUGCACUAUGUCAUGCAAGUUUGCACUCGUCCAAACAAUGACAUUGAAGACGACGAUGAUGAUAAUGGUAUAUUUGCAACGGCAUCUUUGGAUCGAACAAUCAAGUUUUGGUCAAUAGAUAAUGUUGACGACGACCAACAAACGGAAUCGUCUUCCUGCUUGUUUACGCUUCAUGGACAUGACGAUGGAGUCAAUGCUAUCGACUUUUGUCAUGCUAAUAACGACAAUGGAAACGGUCAUUGCCGACUCUUGGUUUCGGCUUCGGAUGAUUUGACUGUGCGACUUUGGAAUUAUCAAACGCGGCAGCAACUACACGUCCUCAAAGGGCAUUUGGAGAACGUGACGGCGGUCCGAUUUCUUUGGAAUUCUCAUUGUGAUGUUGGUAUUGUAUCCACGUCGGAAGAUUGCGCGGUUCGAUUUUGGCAUUGCUCCACCACCAAUACCAAUACCAGUACUGGUAAUAUUGAUGACGAUACUGAUGAAGAGAGAGGCCAAGCGGUCAAAACGAUACAGUAUCCGUCAUUUGGCCGAGGUUGGGCACUGGCCACCAAACGUCGCCAUUGUUCGACAAUAAUAGAUGAUUUGGAGGAUCAUAAUCAGCAUCAGCAGCAACAGCAGCAUCAAGUACUGGCGGUUGGAUUGGAUCAAGCUUGUAUGCUAUUGAAUGUGGACUCCGAUCAAAGCAAUGGUACGGUCACUGUCACAAAGGAAACUAACAUUUCGGAACACAUUCUCGAAACUCGACAUGUCCCUGCGGUCGUUCAUUCCAACAAUAUUGUAUGA